CUUUGUAAUUCAUAUUUUAAAAGUAUGAAUUCGUUUGACGAAUUGAAGGAUGAAUCGUUUCAGGAAAUGGAAAUAGUUUUCCAUGAUGUUGGCGAAAACGAAGAUAUCGAACUCGAGAAAUUAAAAUUAGAAAAUAGUGAUUCGGAUGAAACUAUCACAGAAAGUGUUAAAGAAAAAUUCGUAUACGCCAGGAGAGGUCCAGUUCGUACAAGACGAAAACGCAGAAAACACAUACAUAAACCUAUAAAACCAAUUGCCAAGUUCAAAAAACACGAACUGACUGAUCUAGUGAAUUCCGUUAAAUACAGGAGAAUAGAGAACGAGAAACAGAAGGAGUGCAAAAAGUGUUUGUCACAGAUGCACCCGAAAGUGAGGUCUCAUUGGACCUUACCCGGGCAAAUUAUAAAGGCAGUAAAUGAAUGUUUGUUGACACGAAAUUGGAAUGCCCUGACGUACAUGCUUAUAGAACUUAUAAAUUUAACCUGUGAUGUUUACAAACCAAUUAUUAGACAUGUUUUCUCUAUAAUGGAUAAACUGCACCCUGUGAUAAUUGAAAAUAACUUGCAAGGAGCCUACAAGAGGAUAAAAAAAUUUCAUCAAGUAAUAUUAGAUGACACUACAGUGGUUUAAAUUUUUAUCGUUUCUUUACAUUAUGUAUUUUGAAUUGAAUUGUUAAUUUAAAACUUUUUUUAUCGUUGAUCGUAUUUAGAAAAAUAGUAUGUUAUUUAAGUUGGGAA